GGCCGCCUCUGCGCGCUGCGUCCCGCUCUGCCUCUGCCUCGCCGGCGUGCCCUCGCUGCGCUUGGCCGCAUGCACUGCUCCGGCGCACCUGUGGCUGGCACAACGCACAGCAUCGCACCUGUGCACGCAGACCCAGCUGCCCCAGCCCGCCUUCCCCGCCGUGUGGCCACUUCUAGAAGACUGCUAGAAGACUUCCCGCCCGGCGUCGCCACCGGUGCCCGUUGCUGUCGCCGAUCCACGGCGCAGAUCGAGUGGCCAGCGACGCGGCCGUGGCAGCUGUUCUCACGAUGCACGCACGACACACCCAGACUCACAUGGCGUGGUGUCCUCCACCUCCACAUGGCGCACGUCUUGAAAACCCCGACCUAUUUAAAGCCCGAAACUACGCACCGAACAGGCAGGUGUGAACCCGUCCUGCACCGCGCGCCGCGGGCAGCAGAGGGCUGACGUGGAUAACCGCCUCUGCAAACCCCACACAACACCUCCCCGUCGCUUCGGGAACGCAGCGACAAGCAAUGGACAAGCCCAGCACCCGCUCCGCGACGCAAUCCAGGGCCGAACCCGCUCGCGGGGCGCGGUGGCAACCCUCUCGGCCCUGUUCCAUCCAAUCAAAACUCGCC